UUAUUCUGUGUUGCUCUGUGGUUUGUUAGAAAAGCGUCCCAAAUUUUGUAAUUUUUUUAUUUAUUAUUUAUACACAAGGUUUAUACGAAUAUUUUUUAUGACCGGAAGUUCUGUUUAUGUAUAAUGUUUAGGCCAAAAAUUAGCAUGGAUAGAUAGGUUAAAUGCUAUGGAGGAUGUCACCAAACUAACCAAAGAGGAAUUUCUGAAGUUUUUAAAUUGUUCACUUCGUUCAACUAGUACUCAAGAAAUUGUUGUUCCAGGUCCGAGUAAUUCUAUAGUAACCCUCGUGAAACGUUUUGGAAACCAUGGAGCUUGUAAUGUUGUUCUCGACGAAUUCAGUUUGAACAACCAGAUUUUGAGAGUGCCCUUGCCCAAAGUAGAUUUACAAAGCUUGUCAUCUAGACAAGUAGCACUUCGAUUUAGACUUCAAAAAACAGAAACAAAAAGGAAUAAAAGUAAUAGUAUAGUAUCCAGAUUUGGAAGAAAAUUAAAGAAAAGGGAACUUGAAUUUAAUAAUAGCAGUAAAUUGAGGGAAUCUCCUAGAAAUUCUAUUCUUAGUCAAAAGAAUUCUAUAAUAACACGUAGGAGUUCACUUGCCCAAGAAACAAAGUCCUUAGAGACUCCUAGACCAUCUCCAAAGAGAUCAGAUUUAAACAGGAACAUUGGAAAAUAUUCUAAGUUCUUCAAUAAACAACAAACACCUCAAAAUUCCAAGAUUUACAAACCCAAAAUGGAAGUUGCUAAGCCAAUUCUAAGACAAUAUGAGAGAAAGUCUCUUCCAUCUUCAAAAUCUCAGUUUAUAAUUAAAUAUACCCCAAGCGAAUCAACUUAUUAUCUAAAAUUUGGGAUGGUUAAGCAUCCCCAGGAUGGAAAACUUAAAUAUUCCUUUGAUGCUCUAGUCAAGGAUAUAAAGAAUAUGAAACUGCCAUCGCCGACAUGGAAAAUAAAAGUUGUGGUUCGCAGCAACAAAAUAUCAUCGAUUAUCUUCACAAAUAAAUGCGUAUUGGAGAGAACUGUCACGUUUAACGCUAAAAGUGAAUAUUACCUAGUGGUGAUUGAGAAUAAACCAGCUAUACUUUUGGGUUCACCUGGUAUGGUUGUAUGUAUCGAGGACAUUGAGAUUUUACUAAAUAUUAUGCACACCAUAAAUGCUAAAAAUCCUAUGAUUUACUACAAAAAAUAGAUUUUGUGUGAGAAUAAGGUAUUAACAUAACCAGUUUUACUAUCGAAGAGCAUAUAAAAUAUGUUAAUUUAUCAUUAAUUGUAAAAACUUUAUUAAUAAGAAAAAAAUAAAUUUUUGUGAAUAAAAACU